AUGCUCGGGAUCGAAGCGACGAGAGAGAUAACGGCCGCCGAACACGCACUCGGCUUCUGGCCGGCCAUACAGCAGUACCCAAAAGCAACCCUUUGGUCCAUGUUCUUCUGCCUGGCUGUGGUGAUGGCCGGUUAUGACGCACAAAUUAUCAGCAGCUUCUACGCGCUGCCGGCAUUCCAGCGGAAAUACGGCAACCUUCUUAACAACGGCAAGUACGAGGUCAGCGCACCUUGGCAGACGGCACUUGGAAUGGGCAACCCUAUCGGACAAGUCUUGGGUGCCCUGGCGAGCGGUAUUUCCCUGGUUUUUGUGCAGUUCUUUGCUACCAGCGUCGAGAUGUUGUGUGUGGGGGAGAUUCUUGGUGGGCUGGCUUACGGGUUCUAUGUUGUCAUUGCCCCGACUUACUCUUCCGAGAUCUGCCCUCUUGCCCUGCGCGGUUUUCUCACCACAUCGGUCAACCUCGCCUUCGUCAUCGGCCAAUUCAUUGCUCAGGGUGUGGCAGCGGGACUUGAGACCCGGCUGGAUGAAUGGGCUUACAAAGCUCCGUUUGCCCUCCAGUGGCUCUGGCCCGUCCUGAUUCUCGCUGGCCUCCCAUUCGCCCCAGAAAGCCCCUAUUGGCUCAUUCGGCAGGGCAGAAAGAGAGAUGCUCGCCAAGCACUCGAAAAGCUCUCAUCCUCUAAGCACCGACCUGACAUCGACCAAGUCUUGCUCGGAAUUGAGCAGACUGAUUUACUAGAAAGGGAAUUCGAGGCCACCAGUUCCUACAAAGACUGUCUCAAAGGCGUGCAUCUCGUGCGCACUGAGAUUUCCGUCAUGGUGUACUUGAUCCAGGUUAUUGGAGGGAAUCCGCUCAUUGGGUAUGCAACUUACUUCUUCGAGAAAGCAGGUUUGGAUCCGACGGAUGCGUUCAAUAUGGGCGUCGGCAAUACGGCGCUAGGUUUCGUCGGCACGGUAAUAUCGUGGCCAUUGAUGAACUAUUUUGGCUUUGGUCGUCGAGCUAUUUACAAUGCAGGAAUGGUGGUCAUGACGAUCUUGCUCUUCGUCAUUGGUUUUCUCAGCAUCCCUGCCAACAAUAGGGGGGCUACCUGGGCCAUGGCCACGCUGAUGGAUAUUUGGACUUUUGCUUAUCAGAUGACGGUCGGCCCUAUUUGCUUCGUCAUCAUUUCAGAGAUUUCGGCCACUCGCUUACGCAGCAAGACCAUCGCCAUUGCGACAGCCGUACAAGCGGGAGCCAGCAUUGUCACCACCGUUGCGAUGCCAUAUAUGCUCAACACGGAUGAGGCAAACUGGGGUGGCAAGGCUGGCUUUUUGUUUGGUGGCAUUAGUCUUCUUUGCCUCGUAUGGUGUCACUUCAGGUUGCCGGAGAGCCGUGGAAGAACAUUUGAGGAACUUGACAUUCUGUUCCAGAGGAAGAUUCCAGCGAGGCAGUUUAAGAAUUACGACCUUCUCGGAGAGAAGGAGCAUCCUAUCGGAAAUCAAGAACUGUUAAGGGCUUCGCAUAUGGCCCCACCAAUCUAG